AAUAGAAAUGCCUAAGAGAGUUUGAGAGAUUCUUUGCCUUUUUCAAAAGUAUUAUCUAAAAAUCUGAGUUUUAGGAUGGCAUCUUCUCUAUUAAACAGAUUAAAAAUGUCUUUGCAAGAAUAGUUUAUGUUUCUAUUUGAUGUGCACAAGGUGAAAAGCCACAAUUGCUAUUACAGUCUUCAUUUGUUAAUGUAAUACAGCAACCUGAAUCCUUAUAUGAUAUUUUGAACAUCUGUCACUUUCAUUAUCGGAUCAUCUGAAAAGACAACCUGUCAGAACAGAAGCAUUCUACUGUGUUAUAGUUAUGCCAUACAUGAUGAUGAAAAUGUCAUACCAUUCUUCCAAAAAUUGUGGUAAUGAAUUUAAUUGGAAUGAACAUGUUGCCUCCAAGACGCUUUUUUAUAUUUUAUUUAAGGUGGUUGACCAGAUUGAUACCUUGACCUCUGACCUACAGCUGGAGGAUGAGAUGACGGACAGCUCUAAGACGGACACGCUCAACAGCAGCUCCAGUGGCACCACGGCCUCCAGCAUAGAGAAGAUCAAAGUGCAGGCCAACGCGCCGCUCAUUAGGCCCCCAGCACAGCCCUCGGCCAUCCUCACGGUCCUGAGAAAGCCCAACCCUCCACCGCCUCCUCCUAGGCUGACACCUGUGAAGUGCGAGGAGCCCCCGAGGGCGUUGCCCACUGUGAACCCUGUGAAGACCAACGGCACCCUUCUCAGAAACGGAGGCUUGCCAGGGGGACCCAACCGAAUUCCAAAUGGAGAUAUCUGCUGCAUACCCACCAGUAACCUGGACAAGGCCCCCGGGCAGCCUCUGACGCACAGACCUGACAAAGACAGGUGUCCCCAGGCAGGGCCUCGGGAACGUGUCCGGUUUAAUGAGAAAGUGCAGUACCACGGCUACUGCCCUGACUGUGACACCCGGCACAGUAUAAAACACAGGGAGGUCCACGCCCACGGCGAGCCUGUCCACCUGCCAGGGAAGGGCCUGCACCACGGCCCGCCCCUCCCUCCUCCACCCCACAUCCCUCCUUUCCCGCUAGAAAACGGGGGCCUGGGAAUAAGCCACAGUAACAGCUUCCCCCCUCUGAGACCCGCAACUGUGCCUCCUCCCACUGCACCAAAACCACAGAAGACAAUCUUGAGAAAGUCAACCACUACCACAGUGUGAUGUAUGCCAUUUAAAAAAAAAAAAAAAAAAAACAA